AAUUUAUUGCUUAGCUGAUGGAGAUUUAGAAAAAUCAAAAUAUUUAAAAAGUUCGCUUCUGUAAUCGAUAGUCUUCGCGACGAGCUCAUUAUUCCUCGUUCAUGAGAUAUAAAUGUAAAAAUUAUUGGUUAGAUCUUUCAUUCUCUGUAGACACUCAAACGUAGCAAAAUUUGUACUCAACUUACGUUCGACACAGCUUUAAACUCCUUAAUGUAAAUAACGAGCUCGAAUUCUUAUUGACGCACCUGUUCUCAACACUUCACUCAUUUGAAAAGAGUCACUGUUCACUUGACUCCAGAAUUACUCAUUUGCUUUCUUAUCAAUCAAUUUUAUGGUUAACUUUUUUCUAUUGGACUUUAGCGAUAUGGCAAAUUGCUUUUAGUUUUUAUUUAAGAUUACAUAUUGUGUAUAAAAAGGUUUCUAGCGUUGAUGCCGAGCAGCAGUAUUUCUGAGUGUUUUGGUGUCAUAAGUUUGGCGGUUCAGUGUGUUAUUAAAAGUUAUAAAUUAUUGUUACGCGUAAAAAGUUGUAAAUUACGCAAGUGAAAUGCGGUUGGCUUGUGGUUUAGCCACAAUUUUUGUGGUGUUCGCUGUGGUCUUGCAAGAGCAGCUAGUCCAAGCUGCAUGCGGCUACGCGAACUGUCCAGCGGGAAAAUCAAAUAUGAUCAACGUACAUUUGGUUCCACAUUCCCACGACGAUGUAGGCUGGUUAAAAACUGUUGAUCAGUACUACUAUGGGUCACGUAAUAGCAUACAACGAGCGGGCGUGCAGUACAUACUAUACAAUGUUGUGCAGGAACUAUUAAAGGACUCCAAACGGCGCUUUAUUUACGUUGAAUCAGCAUUCUUCUUUAAAUGGUACAAUGAACAGAGCGCCGAUAUAAAAUCGAAGGUAAAGACACUGGUGAAUGGUGGUCGCUUGGAGUUCGCGGGCGGUGCUUGGUCAAUGAACGACGAGGCGGCGGUGCAUUAUCAGUCGGUGGUGGAUCAGUUCACCAUUGGCUUAAAAGUACUUCAGGAACUUUUCGGCACUUGCGGACGUCCUCAUGUCGGCUGGCAAAUCGAUCCUUUCGGUCACUCGCGUGAAAUGGCAUCACUAUUCGCACAAAUGGGGUUUGAUGGUCAAUUCUUUGCACGCAUGGAUUGGAUCGAAAAGAGUGAGCGUAUUAGGAAUAUGACAGCUGAGAUGAUCUGGAAAGCUAGCGCGGAUCUGGGUGAAAGAUCCGAACUUUUUACGGGUCUGCUGUAUAAUCAUUAUUCCGCGCCGCCAAGCUUUUGCUUCGACACCCUCUGCUCCGAUGAGCCCAUUAUUGAUGGUGAUAGCUAUGAUAACAAUGUAAAAGAAAGGGUGGACACAUUCAUUGAAUAUAUACAAAAUGUGACAGCGCGCUAUCGUUCUUCACAUGUACUCAUUCCCAUGGGCGAUGACUUCAAUUAUCAGAAUGCGGCAAUGAAUUUCAAGAAUAUGGAUAAGUUGAUAAAAUAUGCCAAUACGCGUCAGUCUGUUGGAUCGAAAGUGAAUCUAUUUUACUCCACACCCGCUUGCUAUCUAAAAGCCAUACAUCAGGAGCCACUCACUUGGCCUACUAAAACGCAGGACUUCUUUCCCUACUCCACUGAUUGGCACACCUACUGGACCGGUUAUUAUAGCUCACGUCCCACGCAAAAACGUUUCGAACGCGAUGGCAAUCACUUCCUACAGGUAACGAAACAACUCACCACGCUCGCGAACCUUACCGGCACCAACGUAGAUGACAAUUUGAACCAGCUUCGCCAUGCCAUGGGCGUGAUGCAGCAUCAUGAUGCUAUCACAGGAACGGAGAAACAACAUGUUGCCCAAGACUACGAUCGCUUGCUGACUGCCGCUAUUCAGUCGGCGCAAACGAACGCUCGCUCGGCACUGCAGAAACUAACCAACCUCACAAGUGGUGAAUUCGUCAGCUGUCUGCAAUUGAAUAUUAGUGUUUGCGACUUUACCAAAGAUGGUGCAAAUCAAGUGGUGGUCACAUUAUUCAACCCACUUGCGCGACCUUCGACACAAUAUGUACGAGUGCCGGUAAAGAAUGAGGCUUACAUUGUGACCGAUGAUACUGGUCGUGUGGUCCAAUCCGAUUUGCCACCUGUUCCUAGUGCAGUGCAGGCUCUCAGUUUUCGUUCUAAGCAGGCGACACAUGAGCUCGUUUUCUCGGCUUAUGUGGAGAAAUUGCGUAGUUACUAUAUUAAGAAAAGGAUAAAUCGACGAAGUGUGGACGAACAGUCAGGAGUUGAGCAAAAUGGGUUGUUAGACGAAAAUAUUUCAGAGUCUGAAUUUCGAGCUAAUCCAAUGGGCAUUCAAACCAGAGCAGAGAUCGUUGUUAAGAAUUCUCUUGUAAAGUUGACCUUCGACGGCACCGGUCAUCUCAAUAAGGUUGAAAUGAAUGGUGUCACCGAGAACAUACGCCAGGACUUCUACUACUAUAAGGGUGCAGCUGGCAAUAAUGCCGAGUUCAAGAAUCGUUCUUCCGGUGCUUAUAUUUUCCGUCCGAAUGGCACUGAGUUACUAAUUGCUAAUACAGUCAGCUUCAGCAUUUAUGAGGGUACACAAGUGAAAGAAGUACAUCAACGCUUCAAUCAAUGGGUGUCUCAGGUGAUUCGUAUUUACGAAGGCGUUAAUCGCGUCGAGUUCGAAUGGCUCGUCGGCCCCAUACCGAUCAAUGAUAAUAUCGGCAAGGAGGUAAUCACACGCUUCAACAGCAGCAUCAAAUCAAAUGGUGUCUUCUACACCGACUCCAAUGGUCGUGAAAUAUUGCGUCGUGAACGUAACAAACGUGAAUACUUUAAGCCCAAUAUGACCGAAGCUGUUUCGGGUAAUUAUUACCCAGUCACAACACGCAUUGCCAUUGAGGAUACAACGAAACGUAUUGCCUUGCUCAAUGAUCGCGCGCAGGGUGGAAGCAGUUUGAAGGAUGGCGCACUUGAGUUGAUGCUGCAUCGUCGGCUGUUGCGUGACGAUGCCUUCGGCGUUGGUGAAGCUUUGAAUGAGACUGCUUUCGGUCAGGGUCUGGUGGCACGCGGCAAAGUUUAUCUCGUAUUGAGUAAAGUAAAGGAUGCACCAUCGCGCUACGAACGUGUCGAGCAGCAACAAAUACAUUUGCCCUUCUGGAAAUUCUUCAGCAGUGCUUCGAGAGCUAGCAACGUCAAAGUGCCUAAAGUUUUUGCUUUCAAUUUAGCGCAAAAUAUACAUUUACUAACCUUGGAACCGUUCGGCACAAAAGAACGUCUGUUACGUUUGGAGCAUAUCAUGGACAAAACUGAGUCUGCUUCUGUGAGCUUUAACUUGCGCCCGGUUUUCGAUCAACUGGGCGGCGAGGAGAUACGCGAAACCACAUUGGAUGGCAGUUUAAGUCUGAGUGAUAUGAGCCGCUUCAAAUUCCAGCCCGAAGGUUCAAAGGUGCGCAAACCAGAAUAUUACAAAUCCUCACACACGCCAUUGUCAGCCAAGAAGAAGGACUCGGUGAGCAAAUUCAAUAUAGUUUUGAAUCCCAUGCAGAUACGUACUUUUAUAAUUAAAUGGAAAUAAAGUUCUUGAUUAAAGUUUUGUUUAAUCAUUAAGGAAUAACACUCAAAAAAACUUGUUUAUUGCGAAAUUGUAAACUUUGUCAACCCCAAAUAGGUGUACAAGGUUUUAUAGACUAUUGAAGGUAUUGUUUUAUGCAGAUAACAUACUUUGACUUAGUAUCGGUUAUGUUCUGGUUAUUUAUUUUAAGUUAUGCUAAGGCAUGCUGACUUGGUGUUAGAUCUAGUUAUGAAUAUGGUUUUUUUUGUAAGAUUAGUCAGAGGCUCGCGUGCGAAGUGAGAUUAUGAUAUUUGGAAGACAGCUGGUCAAUAAAUGAUCUCGUUAGGACACGUCAACGAGUAAACCCGAAGAAAUAUAUCUUACCUUGGAAAUAUCACCUAUUGGGGUAUAAGAACGUGUUCUUGAUGAAAAAAAAACUAGAGAAUAAACUAUCUUCCUUAACAAUAAUGAAA